UUCCCUCACAGGAAACUCUACGGGACAAGUAAGAUGGACAAUGAGUCAACCACACCAUUCUAUUACCCAGAUUAUGACUUUGAAGAGCCCUGCCAAAAACCUGAUGUGAAGUACACAGCAUCACGGCUCCUCCCCCCGCUCUACUCCUUGGUGUUCAUUUCUGGCUUUGUGGGCAAUGCUCUAGUUUUUCUGGUUUUGAUAAGAUGUAAAAAGCUGAAAAGCAUGACUGACAUCUAUCUGCUCAAUCUGGCCAUCUCUGAUUUGCUUUUCAUUGUCACUCUGCCAUUUUGGGCUCACUAUGCUGCAGACCAGUGGGUCUUUGGAGACAGCUUGUGUAAGAUGCUGACUGGAUUCUACCACAUGGGUUUCUUUGGAGGAGUCUUCUUCAUCAUCUUCCUGACCAUCGAUCGCUACCUGGCCAUUGUCCAUGCUGUGUUUGCUCUGAAAGCUAGGACAGUCACCUUUGGCAUUUUGACAAGUGUCACCAUUUGGGUGGUGGUUGGCUUUGCCUCUCUCCCAGCAAUCAUCUUCACCAAAUCUCAAAAGGAAAACAUCCAAUAUACCUGCAGCCCUCAUUUCCCAUUACAUCAAUUUGCUUUCUGGAAGAACUUCCAAACUUUAAAGAUGAAUCUGUUGGGGCUAGUGUUACCCCUCUUUGUUAUGAUCUUCUGUUACUCGGGAAUCAUAAAAACACUGCUUAGGUGUAGGAAUGAGAAGAAGAAACACAAGGCAGUGAGGUUAAUCUUUGUGAUUAUGAUCAUUUAUUUUCUCUUCUGGGCCCCCUAUAACAUUGUGCUUCUCUUACACACAUUCCAAGCUUCCUUUGGUCUGGACAACUGUGAGAGUUCAAAGAGACUUGACCGAGCCAUGCAAAUAACAGAGACACUUGGAAUGACACACUGCUGCAUCAACCCAGUGAUUUAUGCCUUUGUUGGGGAAAAGUUUAGGAGAUACCUCUCUACUUUCUUCCGCAAAUACAUUGUCCGACGUUUCUGCAAGCACUGCCCCAUUUUCCAUGGGGAGACAUUUGACCGAGUGAGCUCAAUGUAUACUCGAUCUACUGGGGAGCAGGACAUUUCUACUGGUCUGUAAAGUGGAUUUAUUACUAUGUGUAUGAGUUAUUUCUUAAGUUAAUGGAU